UGGUCAUUCCUCUCGUGAGCUGUGUCUGUAAAUGGUGAAGUCUGCAGAAGGCGGAAUAAGAGACACUCAGUACUUGAGGAACAAACAAUUAGCCUUCAAAGCAGGAAAUUAAAGUGGGGGCCAAGUCUGUAAAAGGAUAAAAUACCACCUUCGCCCCGCCCACUGCACACUUUUGGCCGAGGAACCUGCAGAGCCUGUCUGAGCCUGCAAGCCACCGCAGGUUGAAAGGAGAGAAGACUGUGCCAUGGCUCUGUUGACCCUGCGUCGGCUCCCGUCCAUCUCCUCCGCUCCAAAUGAAACCCUUCAGAGGAGAGCAACGCUUCAGAAAAGGGAGAGCUUCGCCCUGGUGAAGGGGGCGGUCCUCCUGCUGGAAGAGGGUGAGAGGGUGGGCAUCGAUGAGGAAACUUCUUCCUCUCCACCUUCUCCUGGUGAGGAAGGCGAUCGAGCGUCAGACAAACGGCACAAACAGCUUCAUGCCAUGGUGGAACAGCUCCGACCGGAAGACACCAUGAAGCUGGCGGUGCAGUUGGAGUCCAUCAGCUCGGUCAGAGUCAGAUAUCUGAUCGUCGUCUGCACCGUCGGCAACAAACAAGAGAGCAUCCUGCUGGGCAUGGAUUUCCCCAACUCAGACAGCGACCAGUGCACCAUCGGCCUGGUCCUGCCCAUAUGGAGCGACACACAGGUGUAUCUGGACGGAGACGGUGGUUUCAGCGUCACCGCUGCUGAAGAGACCAGAAUCUUUAAGCCUGUUUCCAUGCAGACCAUGUGGUCUGUCCUGCAGGCGCUGCACGGCUGCACUGAGCGCGCCGUCAGUGCAGCGGUGAUCCCAGGAAACGGUCUGGAGUGGGCCGAGCACUACCACCAGCACACUGAGUCGGACCGCUUCUGCCUCAACGAGUGGGAGGCCAUGAACGACCUGGAGUCAGUGCGCAGUGACGGCCAGAGCUCGGCAAACAGAUUGUCCGACGAGACGCUGAUCAAAGAGCAGCUGAGAGACAUCCUGAGCACUGAAGACCUGGACAACCUCACGUCUAAAAUGGUGCACUCCGCUCUGGAGACCAGGAUAGGCUUCGACAUGAAACCCUUCAAGGAGUACAUAGACAAUGAGAUCCUGGUCACCAUGGCUCAGAUGGAUAAUCCCUCCAAAAUAUUUGACUUCCUUUACCUGGGCUCUGAGUGGAACGCAGCUAACUUUGAGGAGCUGCAGAAAAACAAUGUGGGAUAUAUUCUGAAUGUGACCAGGGAGAUUGACAACUUUUUCCCAGAGUCCUUCACUUACAUGAACAUCAGAGUGUACGAUGUGGAGGCCAGCGACCUGCUGCCUCACUGGACCGACACGUUCAACUUCAUCAACACGGCCAGGGACAGUGGACAGGCCGUGUUGGUGCACUGUAAGAUGGGCGUUUCUCGCUCUGCCUCCACGGUGAUGGCCUACGCCAUGAAGGAGCAUCACUGGUCGCUGGAGAUGGCGUUGGACUACGUCAGGGAUCGCAGGUCCAUCGCCAAGCCCAACGAAGGCUUCACGAGGCAGCUGCAGACCUACAACGGCAUCCUCAACGCCAGCCAGCAGCGCCACAGCACACUCUGGAGGAGGAGGUCGAGAGACCACAGACAGAAGUCAGUCCGCAAGGAGGAGAGACGGGAGGCAGGAAAGCCAGAGGAGGACGAGGAGGACGAGGAGGGCGAUGAGGAUUCUGAGGGAUUUGGCGAUUAUGACCUGACGGAUGAAGAGAGUCCAGAUGAAAAAGAUGUUUGUAGCCUGGAUGAAAAAGAUGAAGCGAAGGAAGAGACAGACUUGUUUGAAGAGCCCCUCCCCCAGUCGGAGACCAACCAGGGGCCCGAGCCGACACCAAACUGCUCUAUUACAGUGAACGAACCAGACAAGGUGGCUCCGAGUGUAAAUCGCAGCGGCAGGAUGAACCUCUUCUCUCUCAUGCAGUCCAUCAGUGAUGAAGACAAAGGACGAGAGCAGCUCCUCGGCAGUCCAUCGCGGUCUCCACGGCAGCGAAGGAGUAGCCAAAAGCGUCUGACUCACCAGAGAGCCUGCACGGACGUUUCACCUGAGCCACGAAGCCUGCCUGGCGCGAGUGAAAACAAACCCUGAAGACAGAGGGGCAGGGAGAAAGAGGAGGGAGCGGGACCCAUGAAGGAGGAAGAAGAUGGCUGGGGGGGGGGGGAUGAUGAUUCAUAUCUUUGUUCCAAAUUAUUAUAACUGAUGACGGUUCACUUUUGAUAUUAGGAUUAUACUGUAAUAUACCACUGAAAGUCAGGGUGGCUGAAGUCAUUAUUAUUGUACUUAGUUGUAAUAUUAUUAUGGGAUUCUUCAGUGUUUUUAGAACAUCUCCUUUCCUUCCUUCUUCCGCUCUCGCAUCACCCCUCCACAGAAUCUAUGCAAAAACGUUUCUGCUUUUCUCCUUCUCUGUGAAUAUGAGGAUGUAUGCUGCCAGUCCAAGUUCUCCCAUCAGAAGUCUUUUCCACGUGACGCUCAUUGUUGACAGAUGGGAGGAGUUCAUGUUAUCGAAGCUGUGCAUCAUGGACCAAGUCAGGGCCAGUUUUAUAGCACAAGCCAAACCACGUAUUCUAAUGUGCCAAUGAAUAUAUUGAAAGUAAUGUUAGGAACCAAUUUCACUCCUUUUAUUUGAUUCUUUCUAUUUAAACACCAGAGCUGUAGGAGUGCCUUCAACCUGAGAAUGAUUACGACUCUAUGACUGGUGAUGUGUAUGUCUUUACUCCGAGGUGGUGGCUGCGUAUUGUAUGACUCUUGUACUGUUUCUCUGAUUACAGUUUAAUGUGACUUCCCAAAGCUUUUUGCAUGUAUGCAUAAAGCAUAUGUAGACCUUGUGUAUAUAUAUAUAUGUAUAUCUAUAUAUAUCUAUAUAUGUAUAUGUGUAUGUAUAUAUAUAUACAUAUAUAUAUAUAUAUAUACACAGAACUGCUGAUGACCUGGGUGCAUGUUAUGCGUUUUUGUACCAACGUGUUCGACCUCAGGGUUUUCUCAUGUAUUUAUAAGGCUGUUUUAUGAAUUAAGCUAAAUUAUUCAAAAUACUGUUUUCAGACUCACGAUCACUGGAUGCUGAGACGCAAUAUUUUAAUUUCAUGCUGGUAGUUUUUAUCCAGUGAACCCAAAGCUAAAGCUUUAUUUAACCUGCAUGCUUACAUUUAAAGAGAACAUGCACUUUAUAAUCUCACAACACACGCUCCCCACUGCCUGAGCCAGCGACACACUGUACUAUGAAUAAAAUGAUCAAUGCCUUUUU